AAAGAAGCUAUUCUACCAAAUAUAGAACCCCCCAACCACGAUUACUCUCUCACUCCUCUAUCCUACUUUCUCCGCCGUGGAAUGGGGAACUGUCAGGCGGCGGAGACAGCAAUGACCGUGAUACAACGACCAGACGGCAAGUCGGAGAGAUUUUACUGUACAGUAAGCGCGAGCGAUGUGAUAAAGUCUCAUCCCGGCCACCACGUCGCUCUCCUCCUCUCCUCCGCCGUACCUCACGGCGGCACUCUCCGCGUCACACGUAUCAAACUCCUCCGUCCUUCCGAUAAUCUCUUGCUUGGUCAUGUCUAUAGGCUCAUUUCUUCCCAAGAGGUGAUGAAAGGAUUAAAAGCCAAGAAAUCUGAAAAGAAGAAGAAGAUCCAUGGAGAGUUUUCUGUAGCAGAUGAGGACAUUAACCCACUAACCAUAAGAUCUGAAUCUGCUUAUGACAAAGACUCUCAGACAAGGAUACAUGAAAAGCAGAGCGGGGUGAACACAGGAGCUACCAACAAAGUAAGAGCUUGGCAGCCUUCUCUUCAAAGCAUUUCAGAAUCUACAAGCUAAAACUUCAAUUUUUUUUUUCUUUUUUUUUUUUACUUUGACUUUUUUGAUGAUUUGAUUUGUCUUUGUAUUUGUUGUUUUUCCCAAUCAAAUUGUAAAGGAAGAAAAGAAAACCAUUUGAUUGUGGCAUAAGAAGCUAUUGUGUGUUUCUUUUAACUUAAUAAUAACCGAUGAAGAU